AUGAAAGUCUUUACACCAGUCAUCUUUGUAGUCUUUGCUGCUUCCGCCGUGAUGGCCGGACCUAUUGCCAAAGAAGGCAACGAGAAAGUUUCCAACAACCUCGAAUGCAGUAUUGAUAACUUAUCGAACUGCAAGACCACUGCCGAAAUUGCGAACGUUAUGGGCAUUUCAGAAGCUGAAGUGCGUCAAAAACAAGGGAGCUGCAACAUUGGCCUCUGCAUUCCGUUAUUGUGUCAAGAAAACUGUGACUAA